CUUGUCUAUCCCUCCCUUGCCCACAAUCUCUCCCUCCCGGUGAAAAAAAAGCACAAUGAUGUCUAUCACUCGCUACAAGGACCCAAUUCCCGAUGGUGCCCUCAUCGUGACCACACUCGACGGAGCGGCCUUUGUCCAAAAGACGUUCCCGCAUGCCAUUUUCUAUCCCGAAAAUAACGGCCACUACGCCAAGGAUCCCGAUGGCACUGUCAUCGCCGUGGCAUCGGAUGCAUUGUGUGAGGAAAUCGACCGCAGAAACGCCGAGUUGGAAGCGAAAAUUGCCGCGGGUGAGAAGCUGACCGAUGAGUAUGCGGUUUAGUCGGAGAUGGUCUGGCGUGAUCCUAGGGACAGGGAUUAUGUCCCUGCUUAUGGGGCUGUGGGAUGUAACCUUCUGCGGUGUGCUGAGGGGGAAAAUCAACUUGAAGCAUUUUAAUUGUCUGACAGUUUAUCACGGUUAUUCAAGUCGCCUGUCCUCCCCAGAACAAAGCCCGUUUAUCACUCACUCAUCGUUCUUUUUCCGCUUCCUGUCUUACCUCUUGAGAAUCUUCUCUGCCGUCCUUCGCAGGCUGGUUCUUCUCAGCGUAGUCGCUACAGCCUACGCAACCACCACUCGCUUUAAUACUCCUCUCCUUGAAGGUGCAAUAGUCCUGGACACCGAAAACGACCUUCGAGAAUGCACUGCCUCCCACCCAGAUGUCGAUCUCGAGAGCGUGGACGGGGGCUACACCAUCAACGGGCCUAAGGGUGCGAUAUUGGCUUACAUCGGGGACCAUCUUAGCAAAGAAAUUGACGAGCGAAUGAAGACCUUGGAGCUUUUCGAAAAUCUCUUGGCCGAGAAAGGCGUGUCGGAAAAUGAUGUAUUUAGGGUCUUUGAAGCAGACCGCAGUGGUGGCAAUCCCUUCUGUGUUUACCCUGGGGUUCCAGGCAAAUGCCAGCAUUACACUCAUUGCUAUGUUUGCUCUCACGGCCAUCGUUGUAUCUAGUCGGCAGCAAGCAGCACAGGUUUCUGCUAGACAAUCUUAUCAUGGUUGUCCUUUGAUCCUUCAGGAAGAC